GUUCAUGCUAUCCCAGGCACAUGCUACAGCAGUGUUUGCGUUAACACUGUUUUUUACUCACGCGGACCCGGAAAUUUCGCUUGACAAUUGGUUCUGUGGACAGCCCGGAAUUAGCAGAUUGCUCUCGUACAAUAGUUUGUCUGGUGUUUGUUGGAAGCACGCAGUUCGAAUCAACCAUUGUUGCGCCAUGCAUGAUAACUGCUAUGAUUUGCAAUUAGGUCGCCGCAUGUGUGACGACAACUUUUGUGACUGCUUGGAGAACGCCACUCAACCAGACGUGUGCGAGGCCACAAAAUGGAAAUGUCGUGUUGUGCGGCUCCAUGGCCAACAAGCUUAUCUUGAUGCAGCCUCAUAUAAAGAACCACCUGAUUUUGUAAAAAUCUUCCCCGCUAUUGAUACAGUACGGAAAGACUUCCAAGUUCUUUAUGAAGAAUGUCCAAAAGUAAUGUUGACGAUAAAAUCUUGUUCCUUGAUGGCUAAUCUUUGCCUUCUAAAAUCGAAAAAUGAUGUGUGUAAGCUUGAUCUAGCUAAUUGUAUAUGGCAAGCAGCGAUAGCUCAAAGUUAUGAAAGCUGCCACGUGAGCGCAAGAAAAGUGUUCUAUCUACUCGUCAAUGGUUCAUAUUACAAUUGGAAGAAUCUUGAAACUUUACGACCAAUUAAUAGUGAAAGAGAAACAGAACCCCUUAAUUACACUACUAACUUACUCGAAUAUUUUGAAUCUACAUAUGCCUCAAUGCAAAACGUAAAACAAAGGACGAUUGUCAUGUUCGUUGUCGUCAUUGUGCUGUUCUCAAGAAACUUUUUCAAGCAGCUAUUCAUGUCGCUGUCCAAAGACAGAUUUUGGAAACGACGACAAUUUUGAGAUCAUAAUGUGAAAGUGGUUAAGUCAAAGAGAAAGAGUCAAUUUUAUGACCGAUAAUCAUAUACGGAAACAUUGUGC